GUUCGUGUGGUGGCGGCUAGGCAGUGCAGCUCCGUGACAGAUCCAACGUCGCACUUGUCUCCCACCCGGCGCCGCCACGAUGCCCAAGAGGAAGGUUAGCGCAGAUGGAGCGGCGAAGGCGGAGCCCAAGCGCCGCUCCGCGAGGCUGUCGGCCAAGCCCGCCCCUGCCAAGGUGGACGCGAAACCGAAAAAGGCCGCGGGAAAGGAUAAAGCAUCAGACAAAAAAGCACAGAUAAAAGGGAAGAGGGGAGCGAAGGGCAAACAGGCUGAAGUGGCUGACCAGCAAACUACAGAUCUGCCUGCAGAAAAUGGAGAGACGGAAAACCAGAGUCCAGCCUCUGAGGAAGAGAAAGAAGCGAAGUCUGAUUAAGCAUCCAUCACGUCUGUCAGUGGUCCCUGCCUCCCUUCUUGUACAAUCCAGAGGAAUAUUUUUAUCAACUAUUUUGUAAAUGCAAGUUUUUUAGUAGCUCUAGAAACAUUUUUAAAAGGUGAGGGAAUCCCACCUCAUCCCAUUUUUUAAGUGUAAAUGGUUUUUUUAAGAGGUUAAAUCAUUUGCUGGUUGUUUAUUUUUUGGUACAACCAGAAAAUAGCAGGAUACUGAAUCAGGAGAGGCUGUGACUGUCUCGGGGGUCACCAUAACAUUCCGUAGAGGGGGCUAGUUUUAUAUCCUACAGUACAAAGCAUACUAAAUGGCAAUUUGGGGUCUCAGUCAUGCAUUCGUGUCUGGAAUAUUUUCAGUUAUAUCUGGUCCCGUGUUUCUAGUAGAACCAUUUUGUAAGAAAGCCAGUCUUUGGUCCUCGCCCUGUCAGAACUGUGAUGUCUGUGGUCAUGGCAGUCCAUUUUCCUAACAGUUGUGAUAAUGUGCUGUGAAAGAUGGUGAUUUUGAGUAUGUUCUGUGUGUGACAUAAAAUUGUGAAUUGGUGGAACUGAGCAUUGUGAGCAUUCGGUUGUUAUGAGAGGUCGUAAGGAAACUGGCCAAGUUUGAGGCUGGAGCAUCACUGGAAUAAGUUCACAGAAAAACAAUAUGUAGCUCUUCGUUUGGGUACGUGAACACUAUUAAGGCUCUUCAGAAUUAGGGUACAUGAACACUACGGCUCUUCAGAGUUUGGGUACGUGUGUUAAGAAUUGGAAUGUCUGUGUACUCUACUCCUCGACCAAUAAAAUCUCAGUUGUGAAAGAGUA